AUGCAAACUGCUAAGGAGAAGCUGAGUAAUGUAGCUAGUGCUGCCAAAGAGCACGCUAAAAUCUACAAAGCCAAAGUUGAUGAGAAGGCAGAGAAGGCGGCAGCAACAACACCAGAAGAGAAAGAGAUAGCACACCAGAGAAGGAAGGCUAAAGAAGCUGAAGCAAAGAUGGAAUUUCAUGCAGCCAAAGCUGAACACAAGGCUGAAACACUUGAUGCAAAAUAUAACCACCAUCACAAUCCGAUCACCGGCCACCAUGAUACGUAUGGGCAUCAUAAUCCGAUCACCGGCCACACUGAUACAUAUGGGCAUCAUAAUCCGAUCACGGGCCAUACUGAUACGUAUGGGCAUCGUGAAGUACCACUUGUUGGGGUACAUGGUGAGCACCAUGGACAUGGGCACCAUCACUUGACUACAGCGGGUACUACUUCGCCCACUACCACACUAGCAGACACGACUUAUCCGACUUUGGGUCAACACCAUCAAACAAACAAGUACCUGUAA